CCCAUGGCUUCGGUGACUAUGAGAGUCAAAUCAAUUCCGGUCUUCCAGCAAGAGCGGAGUUAUUUGCUGGUUGGCGGGCUUGGUGGCCUGGGACGAGCUGUGGCUUCGUGGAUGGUUGAACACGGUGCACGCAACCUGAUCUUUCUAUCACGGACUGCAUCACACGCAGCUGACAGUGAUUCAUAUGUGCGGGACCUGGAGUCGCAAGGAUGCCAGGUCCAAUUGGUGGCUGGUAGCGUCUGCGAGCUCGUGGAUGUCAAGAAGUGUGUUGCGCAGGCCACCACCCCGAUCGCUGGCGUCUUGAACAUUUCUAUGGUGUUGAGGGACAUUUCUCUGACGAACAUGACAAAUUCUGACUGGGUAACUGUUGUGAAGCGCAAGGUGCAAGGCACUUGGAGCCUACAUAACGCUCUCCCGUCUGAUCUGGACUUCUUCAUCCUCAUUUCAUCCUGCAGUGGCAUCUGUGGGCAGUGGGGCCAGGCAAACUAUGCUGCUGCCAACACCUAUCUGGAUGCAUUCGUGCAGUAUCGCCAUCAUUAUGGUCUCCCAGCCUCCGUCAUUGACCUUGGUGUGAUGGGCGACGUCGGUUUUGUGUCUCGCAACCCGAACGUACUAAGGCAGUUCCAGAAUAGCGGAGCCUUUGUACUCAAUGAAGACAUGUUCCUGGAGGCGAUGACAUUGGCUGUGUAGCAAUCUCAUCCACUUAGAACUAGAUUUCCUAUCAG